UCCACAGACCAGUUAGACAUCACUAUCACUCUCUCACGACAGGAACAAUGAUCACAGUCUUCGCAACUUUCUGUCUUUUUGUUACAGUGAAAACGUCUGAGACUGAUGACCUUCAAGUGCAAACAGUGAAAUGUGGAGAAAAUGUUACAAUAAAAUGUGACCAAGACUUCGUCAAAGGCAGUGAGCACGUUUUAGCCUGGUAUAAGCAGAGUUUUGGAAAACUGCCUCAGUUUAUUGUGAGAUCAUCUGAGAAUAAUGCAGAUAUCAGAGUUGCUGAAACAUUUAAACAGCGCUUCAGACUGACUGCAGGUGAAGAAAAGUUUGAUCUCAGCAUCAUUAAAACUGUGGAAGAGGAUGCAGGAACAUAUUUCUGUGUGAAAGCAAAGAAAGGCGUUUCAGAGUUUGGAUCUGGGACCCUUCUGCUUUUCCCAGAUGAAAAGUCUAAGAAGCGAAAUCUGACUGAAGUAGAUGUGAAAAGCGGGGAGUCGGUUACACUCCAGUGUUCAGUGACUCCUUUGAGCUGUUCAGGAGAACACAGUGUGUACUGGAUCAGACAUGGAUCAGGAGAAUCUCAUCCAGGAAUCAUUUACACUCAUGGAGACACCGACAGUUCUUGUACGAGGAGCUCUGAGACUGAUUCUCCUACACAGAGCUGUGUCUACAAACUCAACAAAAUAUUCAGCCUCUCUGACGCUGGAACUUACUACUGUGCUGUGGCUGCAUGUGGACAGAUACUGUUUGGGAAUGGAACUAAACUCAGUGUAAAAGGUGGAUGUUUGCAACAGAUGAGCAUUUUGUGCUGGCUCUCCAUUUUAAGAACUGGACUUCUUGCUGCAAUGAUUAUUAUCCUUACUGUACUCCACAUCGUUAAAAAUGAAAGAAAGUAGACAUGCUGAAGACAGAUAUCUGACAUAUUUAGCUAAAAUACAUCCAUUUUAUGUGUUGCUGAUCUCUUGUAAUGGAAGACUGGUGUUUCCAUUUGAAAUGUCUUGUGCUUUAACAUAAGCUGCCUCAACUUUGACAAAAACGUUAUUUAAUCCUCUCUGGACCUAGAAAGCUUCUAUUCACUUAUUCGGUAGAUGGUUCUGACAA